GAUGUAAAUGAAGACAGUCCUCCCGAACCUGCACCUCCAGAAGUACCUCCAAGAGGUCCAUCUCUACAUGCGGCAACAUUGCGCCGUCGGACAGAGUAUGCUAUACCACCAGGUGAUGGGAACAAUGGGAAGCAAGAGUCACAUUUCAUGGGACAAACAGAACUUUGAUCUGGAAGAAUAAGAAAUGGAGAAUGAAGAUAACGAUCGACAUCUUAACACACCUACGCCAUGGAAGUUUUAACAAGCC